AGGGCGCGGCGCGGGAGAUCGUGGAGAGCGGCGCGCAGGAGGACCCCUUCUACAUCAUGGAUCUGGGCGAGGUGGCGGCCCGCUACCAGCGCUGGAGGGAGCUGAUGCCGAGGGUGGAGCCGUUCUACGCGGUGAAAUGCAACGACGACAAGGUGCUCGUCCGCACGCUGGCCGCGCUCGGCGCCGGCUUCGACUGCGCGUCGCGCAACGAGAUCGAGCUUAUAACUGGCCUUGGAGUUGCGCCCGACCGCAUAAUCUUCGCAAACCCAGCCAAGAUGGCGUCCCACAUCCGCCACGCCAGCGCCGUCGGGGUCGACACCAUGACCUUCGACUCGGAGCCCGAGCUGAUGAAGAUCAAGCAGUAUAUGCCGCACGCGCAGCUGGUGCUGCGUAUCCGCUGCGACGCGGCCGCGGCGCAGUGCCCGCUCGGCAUCAAGUUCGGCUGCGACCCCGGCACUGACGCUCCGCGCCUGCUCAAACUGGCUGCAGUACUCGGGCUUGAGGUGAUCGGCAUCUCGUUCCACGUGGGGUCCGGCUGCGGCGAGACGGAGGUGUACGCGCGCGCCGUACAAUACUGCCGCGCGCUGUUCACGCUCGGCGCCACGCUCGGCCACGCGCGCAUGCGCCUCGUGGACAUCGGCGGCGGCUUCCCGGGCGGGACACACUCCAGCAUCAAGGAGGUGUGUUGCAUAGUACAGUGUGUCAUACAAUACUGCCGCGCGCUGUUCACGCUCGGCGCCACGCUCGGCCACGCGCGCAUGCGCCUCGUGGACAUCGGCGGCGGCUUCCCGGGCGGGACACACUCCAGCAUCAAGGAGGUGUGUUGCAUAGUACAGUGUGUCAUACAAUACUGCCGCGCGCUGUUCACGCUCGGCGCCACGCUCGGCCACGCGCGCAUGCGCCUCGUGGACAUCGGCGGCGGCUUCCCGGGCGGGACACACUCCAGCAUCAAGGAGGUGUGUUGCAUAGUACAGUGUGUCAUACAAUACUGCCGCGCGCUGUUCACGCUCGGCGCCACGCUCGGCCACGCGCGCAUGCGCCUCGUGGACAUCGGCGGCGGCUUCCCGGGCGGGACACACUCCAGCAUCAAGGAGGUGUGUUGCAUAGUACAGUGUGUCAUACAAUACUGCCGCGCGCUGUUCACGCUCGGCGCCACGCUCGGCCACGCGCGCAUGCGCCUCGUGGACAUCGGCGGCGGCUUCCCGGGCGGGACACACUCCAGCAUCAAGGAGGUGUGUUGCAUAGUACAGUGUGUCAUACAAUACUGCCGCGCGCUGUUCACGCUCGGCGCCACGCUCGGCCACGCGCGCAUGCGCCUCGUGGACAUCGGCGGCGGCUUCCCGGGCGGGACACACUCCAGCAUCAAGAAGGUGUGUUGCAUAGUACAGUGUGUCAUACAAUACUGCCGCGCGCUGUUCACGCUCGGCGCCACGCUCGGCCACGCGCGCAUGCGCCUCGUGGACAUCGGCGGCGGCUUCCCGGGCGGGACACACUCCAGCAUCAAGGAGGUGUGUUGCAUAGUACAGUGUGUCAUACAAUACUGCCGCGCGCUGUUCACGCUCGGCGCCACGCUCGGCCACGCGCGCAUGCGCCUCGUGGACAUCGGCGGCGGCUUCCCGGGCGGGACACACUCCAGCAUCAAGGAGGUGUGUUGCAUAGUACAGUGUGUCAUACAAUACUGCCGCGCGCUGUUCACGCUCGGCGCCACGCUCGGCCACGCGCGCAUGCGCCUCGUGGACAUCGGCGGCGGCUUCCCGGGCGGGACACACUCCAGCAUCAAGGAGGUGUGUUGCAUAGUACAGUGUGUCAUACAAUACUGCCGCGCGCUGUUCACGCUCGGCGCCACGCUCGGCCACGCGCGCAUGCGCCUCGUGGACAUCGGCGGCGGCUUCCCGGGCGGGACACACUCCAGCAUCAAGGAGGUGUGUUGCAUAGUACAGUGUGUCAUACAAUACUGCCGCGCGCUGUUCACGCUCGGCGCCACGCUCGGCCACGCGCGCAUGCGCCUCGUGGACAUCGGCGGCGGCUUCCCGGGCGGGACACACUCCAGCAUCAAGGAGGUGUGUUGCAUAGUACAGUGUGUCAUACAAUACUGCCGCGCGCUGUUCACGCUCGGCGCCACGCUCGGCCACGCGCGCAUGCGCCUCGUGGACAUCGGCGGCGGCUUCCCGGGCGGGACACACUCCAGCAUCAAGGAGGUGUGUUGCAUAGUACAGUGUGUCAUACAAUACUGCCGCGCGCUGUUCACGCUCGGCGCCACGCUCGGCCACGCGCGCAUGCGCCUCGUGGACAUCGGCGGCGGCUUCCCGGGCGGGACACACUCCAGCAUCAAGGAGGUGUCCCUGGUGAUCAACGAAGCCCUGGAGACCCACUUCCCGGACCGCAACGUCCGCAUCAUCGCUGAACCAGGCCGGUACUUCGCUGCGGCUGCCUAUUCGCUCGCCGUCAUGAUCCACGCUAAGCGAGAGAUCGUGACCAAAGACGCUAGUGGCGAGGACGAGACGCACACCAUGUACUUCAUGAACGACGGCGUGUAUGGCUCCUUCAACUGCGUGCUGUACGACCACCAGCAGGUUGAGGCCACAACUCUUUAUCCGCACACCUCGAAGCCGCUGCCGUGCUCGGUGUGGGGCCCCACGUGCGACAGCCUGGACUGCGUGCUGCGCGCCGCGCGCCUCCCCGCGCUGCCCGUGGGCUCCUGGCUGCUGUUCCCGGACAUGGGGGCCUACACCAUGCCGGUGGCCUCGCCCUUUAACGGCUUCCCGCUGCCCAAAGUGCGAACCCUAGUGGACCAUCGUCUGUGGUCGGUGUUGAAAGGGCUGUGGCCGCUAGCGGAGUCCCAGUUCGAGCCGAACCUGGGCCGCGUGCCGGCGCCGCAGACCCCGCCGCCCUCGCCGCCCGAAGAGCGCCGCGUCUUCGUCGAGUGCGCGCUCAAGUGAGCGUCGGGGCCCGGGGCGGAGCGGAGCGGAGCGGAGCGGGGCGGAGCGUGGCCUGCAACACUUCACUGUUUAGGGUGAAUAAACUUGAGUUUAGGUUUCUUAUUUCAAAUUCCAGGUACUUUACUGGUUAGGUAUUCGUUUAUUGUAUCUUAUGUCGACUUUGUAGGUCUCUAUACCAAUAUCAUACGAUGUUUUGAACGUUUAAGGAUAAGCGAUAAUAUUUUACUAUAAUAGAUGAGAUGACCCUUAGUUUACGUACGUAAAAAAGACAAAACACUGGGCCGAUAGUUGUGGUCGGAAUUAGAAAGAGUAGAUUAAGCUAUUUAAAGAAAAUUGAACUCUUUAUUUGUCUUUAUUUAAAAAAUUUUUUACUGUAAAUGAGUUUAUUUUAUUCUGGUUAUAACUUUAAUCUAGUCCAGUUUCAUUUUCUACUCCAAAAUACUUACCGCUGGCCAUAUCCGACCGUGGAGCCUUUAAAAUCUGACUCCUCCUAGAAAGGCUUGGCCAAAAGUUAAUCCACACAAAAUUUAUAGUAUGUUCGGGUCAAAAAGUUUGGGAACCCCUGUUUUAAACUUCAAGUUUGUUCACUCUAAACGUACAUAUGAAUUUUAAUAUCAUUUAAAUUAUUUCUUACCGGUUCCUUUGGGGUAUUCACUUAUUAUAUAUAUUUUAAGUCAUGCAUUUUGUAAAUUUUAUGUCACAUAAAACCCCGUGUUAUAUUUGCGUGUUUUAUUAGGUAUAUUAUGAAAUUGUUUUCUUAAAUUUUAAAAUUGUUUUUGUCAAUGCUACAUUGUAAGUUAAAUGAAAAAAAUGAAUUUACAAUUUAUAUGUUUGAUAAUUUUAAUUUGUGGUUAACUAUCUUGUUCAAUACAUUAGUUAGUUGGAAUAAGGCGUUAAAAUCCAGUCCAUUAGUAUUUGGGUAUUAAAAUCAAUUUUGAUGAUCAAUUUUGUUUAGUCUAAACUUAAUAUUAUUAAAAACGAAGAACAUGUUUAUUCCAGCUAAUUAUAUUAAAAUAUCCCCAUUGGCAAUCACUGUAAUACAUGAUAUAUUGAUGUACUCAUUAUAGCUGUAGGUUCGCGCUUGACUUUAAUCGUCAUUCACAUAAUAUUAAUGCUUUUUAUCACAAUUUUUUAUUGAAUUUACUGCCAAAUUGUAUUUAAAGCUUUUUGAAAUUUUUACGUAGACUUAGACAUUCCUUUGUAUGAAAUCGAUUUGUUUUUGUAAUAGUUUCGUAAAGUUGGUAGUGCCGUUUCCUGUAACCACGUUAUUUAACAUGUUUUAUCUCAAUAUAUGUUGCAAUUGGAAAAU